GGCCCUGAAUCAUUAUUCUAACUUGUUCCCAAGACCCUGAGUGCUGUCCAUGGCUCUGGUGCCCGGCCGUCCAAGUCUCCUUCGAUGCUCUGCUUAGGGAUGGCCUUUGGCGUUACAUUCCUCCUGGGUGGUGAGUGGGGGCCUCAGUGCUGGAGAAGCCUCUGGGGAAGGUAUUUACCUGUCCUCGCUUCUUGUCAUGGAUUCAACUUGGACGUGGAGGAGCCCCAGGUCUUCCGAGAGGAUGGAGCUGGCUUUGGGCAGAGCGUGGUCCAGUUUAGCAGAUCUAGGCUUGUGGUGGGAGCGCCCCUGGAGGUGGUGAUGGUCAACGAAACCGGACGCUUGUACAGCUGUAACGCUGCCACCGGCCUGUGUCAGCCCAUCUCAUUGCACACUCCCCCAGGGGCCUUGAACAUGUCCCUGGGACUGUCCCUGGCGGCCUCCAUCAACUGCUCCCAGCUGCUGGCCUGCGGCCCGACUGCACACAGAGUCUGCGGGAAGAACAUGUACGUGGAGGGGUCCUGCCUCCUGCUGGACUCCCAACUACAGAGCAACCGGACAGUUCCAGAGGCCCAGCCAGUGUGUCCACAUUCAGAGAUGGACAUCGCCUUCCUGAUGGAUGGCUCUGGCAGCAUCGACCCAAGUGACUUUAAGAGGAUGAAGGACUUUGUCAGAGCUGUGAUGGGCCAAUUUGAGGGGACCAACACCCUGUUCUCGCUGAUGCAGUACUCCAACCUCCUGAAGACCCACUUCACCUUCACCAAGUUCCAGACCAGCGCCAGCCCUCAGAGCCUGGUGGACUCCAUCAUCCAGCUGAAAGGACUGACGUACACAGCCACAGGCAUCCUGACGGUGGUGAAAGAACUAUUUCACAGGACGAAUGGGGCCCGCAAAAGUGCCAAGAAGAUUCUCAUUGUCAUCACAGAUGGACAGAAAUACAAAGACCCCUUGGAAUACACAGAGGUUAUCCCCCAGGCUGAGGAAGCGGGCAUCAUCCGAUAUGCCAUUGGGGUAGGUGGUGCCUUCCAGGAAACCUCUGCCAGGCAGGAGCUGGACGCCAUCGGCUCUGCCCCCUCCCAGGACCACGUGUUCAAGGUGGACAACUUCGAAGCGCUUGGCAGCAUCCAGAAGCAGCUACAGGAGAAGAUCUUUGCGGUGGAAGGAACCCAGUCGAGGACAAGUAGCUCAUUCCAGUAUGAGAUGUCACAGAAAGGCUUCAGUUCAGUGUUCACAAUGGAUGGACCAGUUUUGGGGGCUGUGGGGAGCUUCGACUGGUCUGGAGGAGCCUUCCUGUACCCCCCAAAUACGAGCCCCACCUUCAUCAACAUGUCUCAGGAGAAUGAGGACAUGAGGGACUCUUACCUGGGUUACUCCACUGAGCUGGCGCUUUGGAAGGGGGUACAGAGCCUGGUCCUAGGGGCCCCCCGCCAUCAGCACACCGGGAAGGUUGUCAUCUUCAUCCAGGAGUCCAGGCAAUGGAGGCCGAAGGCUGAAGUCACAGGGACCCAGAUCGGCUCCUACUUCGGGGCCUCCCUCUGCUCCGUGGACGUGGACAGAGACGGCAGCUCCGACCUGGUCCUCAUCGGGGCUCCCCAUUACUAUGAUUCAACUCGGGGGGGCCAGGUGUCAGUGUGCCCCUUACCCCGGAGGAGGGCUAGGUGGCAGUGUGAGGCCAUUCUCCGUGGGGAGCAAGGCCACCCCUGGGGCCGCUUUGGGACAGCCCUGACAGUGCUGGGGGACGUGAAUGGGGACAAGCUGACGGACAUAGCCAUCGGGGCACCGGGAGAGCAGGAGAACUCGGGUGCUGUCUACCUGUUCCAUGGAACCUCAGGACUGGGCGUCAGCCCCUCCCACAGCCAGAGGAUUGCAGGCUCCCAGUUCUCCCCCAGGCUCCAGUAUUUUGGGCAGUCGCUGAGCGGGGGUCAGGACCUCACCCAGGAUGGACUGGUAGACCUGGCUGUGGGAGCCCAGGGGCACGCACUGCUGCUCAGGACCAGACCUGUGCUCAGGGUGUCGGUCAGCAUCCACACCAUGCCGACGGAGAUUUCUAGGUCUAUGUCCGAAUGUCGGGAGCAGACAUCCUCUUUCCAGACACUGGGUGACGCCAAUGUCUGCCUUCAUGUUUAUGCAAGUCCCAAGGACAGGCUGCGUGACCUCCAGAGCACUGUGACCUUUGAUCUGACCCUCGACCCUGGCCGCCUGAGUCCCCGCGCCAUCUUCAAGGACACAAGCCGGCCGCAGGCGCGCUCCCUGCCCCUGACCUGUGAGAGCGCCCCAGCGGGGAGCCCGGGGAUCGGCAGCGCCCGCUGCAGCAUCAAACACCUCAUCUUCCGCGAGGGGGCCCAGAUGACCUUCACGGCCACCUUCGACGUCUCCCCCAAGGCCCAGCUAGGAGACCGGCUACUUCUGACGGCCAAUGUGAGUAGUGAGAAUAAUUCCCCCAGGACCAGCAAGAGAACCUCCCAGCUGGAGGUCCCCGUGAAGUAUGCUGUCUACUCGGUGAUCAGCAGCCAUGAAGAGUCCACCAGGUAUCUCAACUUCUCGGCCUCAGGGGAGAAAGAAAGCAGCAUGGUCCAGCACAGAUACCAGGUCAACAACUUGGGUGCCAGGGACCUGCCCAUCAGCAUCAACUUCCUGGUUCCUGUGGAGCUGAACCAGGUGUCUGUGUGGACAGAUGUAGAGGUCUCCCACCCCCAGAACCUGUCUAUUCAGUGCUCUUCAGAGAGAAUAGCACCCACAAAGUCCAACUUUCUCGCUCACAUUCAAGAGAACCCUGUGCUGAACUGUUCCAUGGCUGACUGCCUGCGGUUCCGCUGUGACGUUCCCUCCUUCGGCAUCCAGGAGGAACUUGACUUUAUCCUGAAGGGCAACCUCAGCUUCGGCUGGAUCAGCCAGACAUUGCAGAAGAAGGUCUUGGUCGUGAGUGUGGCUGAAAUCACGUUCAACAGAUCUGUGUAUUCCCAGCUCCCAGGACAGGAGGCGUUUCUGAGAGCCCAGGUGGAGACAGUGCUGGAGGAGUACGAGGUCCACAACCCGGUACCCCUCAUCGUGGGCAGCUCUGUGGGGGGCCUGCUGCUGCUGGCUCUCAUCACAGCCACCCUGUACAAGCUUGGCUUCUUCAAACGUCAGUACAAACAAAUGCUGAACAACAAGCCUGAAGACAUUGCCACACUCAAUGAGAAGGAUUUCAGCCACGAGGCCCCACAUCUGCCUUCAUCCUAAUAACCCACUUCCUGCUCAUCUCUAGCCCCCUGGUUGGUGUUGCUUAGCCUAGAGAUCUCUUCUGUGGGAAGAACUUCCGCAUCGAUCUGGACUGAACUAAGCAAGUUACCAGAUCUAUGCUACCUUCCCAGGACCUUGAGAGACUUUUAUGUUGUGACAUAUCUGUCAGACGUCUUCAGUGACAAUCCACCUCUUACAGAAGCAGGCAUGAUGCUAGCAUGCAUUUUCCUGUGUAUGGGAAUUGUCACAUUAAAUGAGGAUGUUUGUAACA